UCAAGCGGGGUGGUUGUGUCACCCGCCGCUCCAUACAUCGCGAUGAUCGAAUGAACUAUUCGCGGUAUCACAACAAUGAAUGAUUUGUAGUGAAUAUGUGUAACCGUGAUAAGUGAUAAGUGUCAGUAUGGUCGCGGGAUUUUGUAGAAGUGAUAGAAAGUGCAAUCAGUUAUUAGUACUUUUGAAUGUUUUGAUUAUUUUCCAGGCGUGUUUAGCCCAAAGCCGGGCUCCCCGUAUAAAGGAGCAUCCAGCUGACACCAUAGUAGGCAGAAGCGAACCUGCUACCCUCCGCUGCGUGGCUGAAGGGAAGCCCAAACCAACGAUCCUGUGGUACAAAGACGGGAGCCCAGUUGCACCUACUGACCACCCACAUAGGGUUUUACUUGAAGAUGGUUUAUUGUUUCUCAGGGUUAUGCGUGGUAAGAAGGAGAGUGACGAGGGCGUCUACUGGUGCGUCGCACGUAACACUGUCGGGGAAGCAGUUAGCAAGAACGCGACGCUGACCAUUGCAGUGCUUCGAGAUGAAUUCAGAAACGAACCAAAAGACGUAAAAGUGGCAAGUGGGGAGCCAGCGCUGCUCGAAUGUGCGUCACCGAAAGGGGCACCAGACCCCUCAGUUCAUUGGGUUAAAGAUGGACGGACGUUAGAUGUUGAUGUCAAUGGAAGGAUAGCAAUAGUAGAUGGUGGUAAUUUAAAGAUUAUCGAAAGUCUUCCAACCGAUAGCGGUGUAUAUAAAUGUGUGGCGUCUAAUGUGGCCGGAGAACGACAAUCUCGCCCUGCCACAUUACUCGUAUUACGAAGACCACAUUUUCUAGUGAAACCUAAUAAUAUAACGGCACUGAUUAACCAGAACGUUGAGUUUCAUUGUCAAGCCUCACCAGAGUCAGAUGUGUCAGUGACAUGGUCUCGAGACAAAGGUCAACUAUCUCCAUAUGCGAUAAUACGAAGAGGUUCUUUGAGAAUUGAUAGAGUGGUGUCUUCCGAUGCUGGCACUUAUACAUGUCGAGCUGAAAGUCAAGCGGGAACUAGUGUUGCUAGUGCAACUCUUACUGUACAUUCUUUACCUCAUUUCACACGUGUGCCUUCUGAUCAAACUGCCUGGGAGGGAGAAUCAGUUUCGUUUCCAUGCGAAGCAGAUGGUUCACCAAAACCAAUCAUAUUUUGGACAAUGGAGGGGUCUCAGGAACUCAUAUUUCCAAAUUCAGAACACGCUUCGGGAUCGCUUUAUUUGAAUCGAGUUUUGACUCGCCACGCGGGUAGAUUGACGUGUGUCGCUGUCAGUGCUGCAGGAAGUGCAUUACAUACUAUUACUUUACAGGUCUUAAGAAGAGAAGCAAAUUCCUUUAAUGGUAAUCUUGAAUCAUCAUCGCCUUAUCCUGAUUUAAAUAAGCCUCAAAAUCAUCCGCCAAUGACUCAAUACGAACUCGUACAAGCCCGUAGAUACUUACAACAAGAUGUUCUAGUUUUAAGGAGAGUUGAAGGAAUAUCAUCAACAACACUGAAAAUUGUUUGGGAUGUACUUACAGAUUACAACGAAUAUUUAGAAGGCGUGAAAAUAUGGUUUAAUGGAACAUCUUUAAAUAAACAACAUGCAUUAGAAUUUCCAGACAUACAAACCAAUAGUAGUGUAGAUAGUUUAAUAGAAUUAACUAAAUUUGAGAAUUUCACUAUGACUACGGUUCACAAUAGUGGAUCGUCGAGCCACGUUCUAACAGGGUUGAUACCAUAUGCCAAGUAUAACAUAUUUUUGAUGCCAUUUUAUAAGUUGUUACUUGGAAAACCGUCCAACAUGAAGACCGGUUUUACUGAGGAAGAUGUUCCUGCAGCUUCACCGCAAAGUGUCACAGCUGGAGUUAUAAAUUCAACAUCAGCGUGGAUUCGUUGGGAACCGCCACCAGUUUACGCGUGGAAUGGAGAUAUUUCAGGAUAUUUGAUCGAGGUGCGAGUGGGAGGAAGCAAUAACGGUCGCGUAGUGGGUCAGAUGUCUCUAGGCGCUCGUACACGCGCGGCUGCCGCAAGUUCCUUGCGCGCAGGGGGACGGUAUAUCGCUCGAGCCGCGGCGGUUACACGCCGGGGCCACGGGCCCUUCAGUGCUCCAGCGCAGAUUCACAUGCUGCCUACUCAGUCGCAGCGGCAUUAUGUGCAAACGGAGCCAGCUAGAGAUAAGGCAAUCUUGUCAGUGUUCCAAGAAACUUGGCUUUUAAUUUUAAGUUUGAUUUUAUUGGGAAUUAUUCUAGUCGGAGGUGGUAUUAUAAUUUAUUUACGACAAAAGCAAUCGAAACAACGGAAGAGUCACAAUGCAGCGAGCACUCCAAUUACGAAUACUCAACAAUGUUUGCUCGGCAAAGAAGCAGUGUGGAUGCGAGAAAGGCCUUUGUACGAAACUAAUGAGCCGCGCGUUGAAAUGCUGAAUUGUCAUCAAAGUCUUUUACAUGGUAGCAAUACUAUCGGUACGAUGACUAUGGAAGCUGAAUACAGUCUACCUCAACACGCAAGUGCUACGAGCAAUAUAAUCCUACAAGAGGACAAUAGGAAAUAUCCACCAGAACCGUAUGCUUCCAGUGCUAUAUACAGCGAAUUAAAUUACCAGGUCAGCAGUCUGAUUAUUGACCAUCACACAGAUGCAGAAGAUUCCUGCAUCAAAUGUGCAGUUAGUCCAGGGUCCUAUGACAAUAGUAUGGUUAGAUCGUUUGCGGAUAGCAACCAGUAUUCUAACGAAGAAUGUUCCACAUGCUGUAGAAGUAGUAGCAAUAGUUCAACACUAACAAAGGACUAUAGUGAUAUGACGAAAUGUGGUAAUGGCGAUGACCAAGACAUUUCAAUAGAAGAAUGUCCUUCGUGUAAAACUGCGCAAUCUAAAUCAUCCAGUCAGCAUGAUGGUAACAAAGAGUGGACAGCAAUUGCUGAGGUAGAAUAUGAUUACCCUCAGUGGCAGUGGUUGGCAAGGGAGAACAGUUUCAGACAAGUAUCUCAAGAACCGAGGUACGCGACUCAAGCAAGAUCUACGAGGAGUGACCAGAACUGUAGAAUGAAUUUGUGUGAUAUUCUCCCACCGCCGCCGUAUGAAAGGGAAUCGCCAUAUCGAGAAAUGCAUCCAUACGGCACCCAAACUGGUGCCUCGGGCUGUUCAGGACAUUCGUACCGGAGCUAACUUAUUCAAUUAAGAACAAAAUAUCAUUAAAGUGUAAUGAAAGCAAUAAUUAUAAUAAGUGUAUAUAUAGAUUGUAUAUUAUGAAGUGCUAAGGAUAUCGUUACACCGCUGCACGAAGACGAUUUUAAUUGCUUUUGAUCUCUAACGACUGUUAAUGAAGUUUAAUUAUUCAAUUUUUUGCCAUAACUAUGCUCAAAUAUUAUAAUCAUGUUCUUUAUAAUCAAUAGGUAACCUUGUUAGCAAUAUUUGUUAGUUGUUUUAUCGGCGGUUGUACUGAUGGUAACUAAGGGUUGUAGUUUUUGUGAAUGUGUUUGCAAAUAGACUGCUAAACUUAAUGUAGUUGUUAGAUUUUAUCUCUCUCUAGUGACUGUGAUAUAGAAUAAUUUUGUAAUUGCAUUUUAAUUUUGUACAUAACUAGAAAUAUUUGAUAUCCUUAUACAAUUUUAACUUUAGUCUAUUUAUUAUAAUGUAGCGAAAUCGUUUUCGAAUGAGAACCAAUUUCAUAGUUACAAAUUUUUCGAUCACAGUUAUAGCAUUUUGUACUGAAUUGAAAUUCCUAUAUUUAAAUGACAAUUUAAUUUGUAUAUUCUGGUACGUCAGUCAAGUUAUUAAAUGAUAGUAUAUUUGA